AUGGCUGAAGGAGUUCUCUUCAAAACUGCUGAGGGUAUGAUUAAGAGUUUGGGCUCUCCUGCUCUCCAAGAGCUUGGACUGCUCUGGGGUUUCAAAGAUGAGCUUCAAAAGCUGGGGAAGACGGUUUCCACUAUAAAAAAUGUACUUUUGGAUGCGGAGGAGAAGCAGGCCCGCAGCCAUGAAGUGAGAGAUUGGCUUGAAAAGCUAAAGGAUGCCAUGUACGACGCCGACGACUUGCUAGAUGACUACUCCACUCAACUUUUACGGCAACAAGUGAUGACACGGGAUAAGAAGAUGGCAAAACAGGUACGGAUCUUCUUUUCCAAAUCGAACCAGCUUGUAUAUGGCAUUAAAAUGGGUCAUAGGAUCAAGGCAGUUAGGGCGAGACUGGAUGAAAUUGCAGAUGAUAAGAUCAAAUUUGGCUUCACUGAGCGCCUUAUAGUGACACAUGAGUUUGAGCAUAGGAAAAGAGAAGACACACACUCUUUUGUUCGUGAGGAACAAGUCAUUGGGAGAGAUGGUGAAAAGAAGGCAGUUAGUGAGUUGUUAUUGGAUUCUAAUGUAGAAGAGAACCUUUCUGUCAUUCCCAUAGUUGGGAUUGGUGGAAUAGGUAAGACCACACUUGCACAGUAUGUGUUCAAUGAUGAUGAAGUCAAAAGACAUUUUGAGCUAAGACUCUGGGUGUGCGUUUCUCAUCCUUUUGAUGUGAAAACUAUUGUUGCAAAGCUCAUAGAAUCUGCAACUAAAAAGAGACCUGAAAGCCUCGAGAUGGAUUUGUUACAAAGUCAGCUUCGAGCAGAAAUUGAUGGCAAGCUAUACUUACUUGUUUUAGAUGAUGUAUGGAGCGGGAAUCGCAGUACAUGGCUGAACUUGGAAACACUGUUAUCGGGUGGCCUGAAGGGAAGCAAAGUUUUGAUUACUACACGUAGCAAAAGAGUUGCAGAGAUUACAGGCACAAUGUCACCGUAUUUUUUGGGAGGUCUAUCUGAAAGCAAUUCUUGGAAUUUAUUUAAGAGAAUGGCAUUUAAAGACGGGGAAGAGCCAAAGAAUCCCAAGCUAGUAGAAAUUGGAAGGGAUAUCGUACAAAAGUGUGCACAAGUUCCUCUUGCUUUAAGGUGCAUUGGGAGUCUAUUAUACUUCAAAAAUUCAGAAACUGAUUGGUUGUACUUUAAAAACCUUGAACUUUACAAAAUAACUGAACAAGAAAAUGACAUUUUCCCAAUACUUAAGUUGAGUUAUGAUCAUUUACCGUCACACUUAAAGCAAUGUUUUGCAUUUUGUUCGUUGUUUCCAAAAGGUUAUGGAAUUGAAAUGGAGGUGUUGAUUCAUCUAUGGGCGGCUCAAGGCUUUCUUCAUUCAUCAUAUGGAAACAGACGUCUUGAAGAUAUUGGUCGCGAGUAUUUUACGGAUUUGCUUUGGAGGUCAUUUUUCCAAGAUGUACAAAGAGAUAUAGUUGGUGAAAUAGAUACGUGCAAAAUGCAUGACCUUAUUCACGAUCUUGCACAGUCAGUAGCAGGUGAGGAGUGCACAAUUUUAUAUCAAGAUGGAGAAAAAAUAGUUGAAAGAACUCGUCAUGUGGCAUUUCAUUCUUCAGAUUCAUUACUGAAUAUUCCUGCUCUUUUGCCCAAGGCUUACAAAAUGAGAACACUUCUUCUACAAAUUCCAAUACUUCCAGGACUUGAUGAUGAGCUUAAUGUGAACAUUGCGGAAGAUAUCAAACUACUCCCCGCUUCUAUGACUAAAUUGCAGAAUUUGCAAACACUAAGACUUGACUUUUGUUGUGGGCUUAAAGAAUUGCCAAAAGACACUAGAAACUUAAUUAGCCUUAGGCAUCUUGGGCUAAAUGGGUGUAAUAGCUUGACUCAUAUGCCUCAUGGACUGGGAAAAUUGAUUGCUCUCCAAACAUUGCCGCUAUACAUUUUAGGGAAGAAAAAAAGUUGUCUCUCCAAGCCAAAGGGUGGGCUAGGGGAUCUGGAUGGUUUAGAUGAGUUGAGAGGAUUAUUAAGGAUCAAGGGUUUAGAGCACUCGAGAUCUUCUCCAUCAGAAGCAGAGGCUGCAAACUUGGAGAGGAAGCGACAGCUUCAAAGUCUGAUAUUAGAGUGGAACCCAGAAUCUGGUGAUGGAAGUGAUAAGGCAAUUGCAAAUGAUGAACAACUGUUGCAAAACCUUCAGCCACACCUAAAUUUGAAAUCAUUAACUAUAUCUGGGUAUGCAGGUGUGGCGUUAUCUAGUUGGGUGUCCUUGCCCUCAAAUUUGACUUUUAUUCAAAUAUCGAAUUGUAAAUGGCUUCAACAUAUCCCACCAUUCCACCGUUUCCCUUUUCUGAAGCGUCUUCUUCUUACUAACUUAAGUGAGCUGGAGUACAUAAGCAAUGAUGGUAGUGACAUGUCCUCUUCUCCCCUCAAAAUUCUCACGCUUCAUGAUUUGCCAAAGAUGAGGGGAUGGCGAAAGACAAGAGAAACAGUAACAGUAGAGCAUCAUCUUCCAUUAUUCCCUUCAUUUCCUUCCCUUUCUCUUUUAUAUAUCAAGAAUUGCCCUAUGAUGUCCCUAGCACUAGGGACCAAAACAACACCCUCCUCUUCCUCUCCCUUUUCCGAUCUCUCCAAAUUGAAGUAUCUUUAUCUUGUGGAAUUAGAGGAAGUUGAAUAUCUGCCACUAGAGUGGCUGCAAAACCUCACUUCUCUUGAGACCCUGAAGAUUUGGAAUUGUUCUAAAAUGCAAAUAUCCUUGUCUCCACUCUUUCAGCAUCUCACCUCACUUGAAAAUCUGUCUAUUCUUGGCUGCAAAGAACUUAUUAGCAAUGAUAAUGAAGAUGGCGCACAUGGCCUUGGACCUACAAGAUUUGGUCAUCUAUCUAUUGUAGGUGUUCUAAAUUUGGUUUCUCUCCCAAGAAAGCUUAAAGAUGUUACCACUCUGCAAGGGCUUCAAAUUAUGUAUUGCCCUAGUUUGGUGUCUUUACCAGAGUGGAUAGGCGAUCUCACUUCACUUCAGGAGCUUGAAGUCGUAAAUUGUCCGAAUUUAACAUCACUACCCGAAGGUAUGCGCCGCCUCACCUCGCUACGUCGUUUAAGGAUUGCAGAGUGUCAUCGCUUGGAGGUAAGAUGUGUACAAGGAACGGGAGAGGAUUGGCCAAAGAUUGCUCACGUCCCAAACUUUCAUAAUGGCGGCGAUGGUCAUCUUAAAGAAUGGAUAGCAAGCCAAACUCGCCAAUAUGUUGAGGUCUGUCAGCUUGAGCAGCAACAGUUUGAUCAUGUUUUCCCAUCUUCUUCAGAGGAUGUUGUUGACAAAGUGGCUCACUUUGUUUCUCCCUCUCUCCAUUAG